AUGAAAAACAGUGAUAAAAAGUUUAAUGAAUGUGAUUCCCCAAAAACUCCAGGUGGAAUUAGUAAAUCUCUUUUAACGCCUAUUAGACGACUCGGGCUUUCAAGGAAAUGGAAGAAACCAGGAUCAUCACCGUUCGUGUCUCCACUUGCGAGCAAUACUAUUAAGCCCUCUGACGAGGACGGAGAAGAAAAAAAGUCAAGAAAAAGAAAACUUUGUGUCGAUGAGGAGCCUGAAAAUAUACAACUUACACCUGUAGUUGAUAAUACAGUGGAAAAUGUUAACAGUGAAGUUAUUUCAACACCACCACUUGGUCAGGAUAGUACAGUUAACACUCCUAUCAGAAAAGUUAAACGAAAAAAGUCUAAAACAUUGUUAUCAUCAUCUAGUUGUGCACAAAGUAGGGAAACCACAAAAAAUCCAAGUUAUAUACACAUACAGGACCCAGGCAAUUUAAAUGUGUGCACAGAAGUAAGACAAACAGAGAAUACAGCACAAGAGGAGCAACAAACAAGCAAUAGUGAAAAUUUGGAAAAUAAGUCUCCAACACAAGUAGUGUUAGAAAGGGAAGUAAAUAUUCAAUCCGAACGAACUGAAAUACCAAAUGAAAAAAAGAAAGGCAAUUUAGAACCAAUUUGUGAAGAAAGCACCAGUGAAAAUGUGGUUAUAGCACAAACAAAAGUGCCAAAUAACUUAACAAAAGAAUGCAUUGUUGUCAUACAAAAUAAAAUUUUUAAACCAGCAAAUAAAAAUAGAACCAAAAAUGAUAUUUGUAAAAGAAAAAAUAAUUCCAUGUCUCAAGUUAUAUUUGAUUCUGACUCUGAUGAUGUUCCACUAAGCUGUAUGAACAAAAAAGAAGAUUUACAAAAAGAAAGCUUAAAUGAUGAUUUCAGUAACAUUAAGAGUACUAAGGAACCAAAAGUACAGCAGUCAAUGAACAAAUCAUCACUUAAAGAUAGAAAGAUAGCUACUUCAGAAAAAAAGAAAACCCAUAAAAUUACUAAGCAUUCUAAAGAUGAAAACCUACCAGAAAAGAAAAUAGAACAAAUAGCUUUAAAUUCAUCAUCACAGAGCUCAAAUUCCUUUGAAGAUGAUGAUGAUGAUGAUUUUGAAAUGAACAAAAGGACUAUAUUAGUUCGGAAAUCUUAUGACAAAGUUACAAAGAUUUCAAAAGCUAAAUCAACUGGUUCAAUAACUCAAAGGGACAUAGAUGAACUGAAAGCUAGAAUUGAAACUAAAAAAAAACUUCUUUUUGCAAAAGCAAUGACUAAAGAAACAGAAGAAUUGCGAGGCCUAAUAAAGAAAUGGCAAAAAGGUUGUCAAGAUGCUCUAAUGGAGCUACUAGAGCUAAUGAAGAAAAAAUUGCCAGAUCAAUCUAAUAUGGAUUACUCCAAUAUUUUAGAUAUGUUAAAAAUACCACAUGAUCUCGUAGGAUACGAUCCUGAAAAUGAUUGUUUUGUUACCCCUGAUGAUAAUAGUAUCCUGGCAUUAACAUUUAAUGAUUUGUAG